AUGUAUGCCAAAGAGUACAAAGACACGGAGUCAAUUGGAUAUGAAUGGCGUUAUACCGACCAAUUUGAGAUGUACUUAGGUGGAAGUGGAUGUAAAAAGUAUAGUAGAAGUUGGCGAAAAGUGAUGGGAACAAGCAGAAUCCCUAGACAUCAACAAAAUUUACAUAAAAUGUUUACUCGUGGCACUAUUUCAACGAGGGCACCACACUACAAAAAAGCACGUAAACUUCUCUCCGGUGAUGAUUACUACAAUGGCAACUUGAUUUUGGAUGAUGCAAAUUUGGACGUUUCAAGUGUCGAUGAUAAGGUAUUGGUGGAAUUUCUUGCUGGAAAUUCUACACCGGGUGCAAAACCAAUAUUCAGUGCGGCGCAAGAAAAGGAAUUGAUGAAUUACUUGAUUGCUGCUAGCAAUGUUUAUUAUGGUUUGAGCAUUACAGAGCUCAAGAGAAUGGCAUACCAAUAUGCCAGAGUGAUUCAAGUUAAAUAUCCAGCGGCGUGGGAUGAGAAUCAACAAGCCAGCACUGAUUGGUAUUAUGCAUUUAUGAACCGUCACAAGAAUCUAUCGUUGCGUACACCUGAGCAGACCAGUCUAAAUCGUGCAAAAUCAUUCAACAAAGAAAACGUCGACGCAUUUUCUAAAAAUUUGAGCGCGGUUAUGUCGGCCAUCAAAUUUGAACCACAUCGAAUUUGGAACAUGGACGAGGCUGGGUUCCCAACUGUACCGCAUAAGGUUGUUAAAGUGGUAGCACCAAAAGGAAAGAAACGUGUUGGAACAGCAACAUCUGCUGAAAGAGGCACGAAUGUCACUAUGGCUUUGUCGAUUAGCGCCACUGGUCAAACAAUUCCAGCAUUCUAUCUCUUUCCGAGAAAGAAGAUGAGCGGAACAUACAUGACACAUGCAAGUAAUGAUGCAGUUGGUUUUGCGAACGGCAGCGGAUACAUGACAUCUGUCGAAUUCAACACGUACAUGGAUCAUUUCAUUAAGUUCACUGGUGCUAAGAAAGGUUCACCAACGCUCCUGCUGCUCGACAACCAUACUUCACAUUUGUCUGUCGAAGCAAUCGAUAAAGCCAUUAAGCAUGACAUUACAAUGUUGUCAUUUCCGCCACACUGCACUCAUCGCAUGCAGCCGUUGGAUGUUGGGGUUUUUGGUCCAAUGAAGACCAUGUACACAAAAAUGUGUCAGGAAUGGAAGAAUUCGAAUGCCACGGUUGCCUUUGACCUACACCACGUCCCUCUUAUUGCUGAUCAAUGCUUGGACUUGUGCGCUACCCGAAAAAACAUCAAAAGUGCUUUCAAAACAACAGGCAUAUAUCCACUUGAUAGUAACACGUUCACCGAAGUGGAUUUUCUUGCUGCUAAAUUUAGUGGUGAAAGCCAAUCAUUCGAAGAGGAAGAAAACGAUGUAGAUGAAGAAGAUCGUCGUCGAAUUGUGGUUUUAUCUCCAGAAGAUAUCGGAGCACAUGAAGAAGUGUCAACUUCGGGAGCUUCUGAAGUGGCAAGUACAUCGGCAACCACAUCCAUGGGGAACCUAUCUGCUGCAGAUCUUCGUGACGCAUUAAAUGCAGUUGGACCAGUUCAAAAAGGUACACCAGCUAAAAAAUCCAAUCGAGGCCCAAAACCAAUGACGACAGCCAUUUUAACAUCGCCUGAAGUUGUGGAAAAAUUACAAAAGAAAGCUGAUGCGAAGCGUGAAAAAUUGGAAAAGCAACGAAAAUAUCAACCGAAAAAACGUAAAACUCCGGCAUCGUCAACUCCAGCACGAAAGCGGCAACGACGCCUCAACGAGUCCUCAACGAGCGAAGAGGAAGACAUUGAUUUCUGUAUCAUAUGCAUGAAAAAUCUGCCGAAAAAAUUGAAUCGAAACAACAGCAUCAAUUGCAACACGUGCGAUCGACCCGUUCACCUGAAAUGCGUUCGUAUGACUGGCAGCUAUUUCACAUGCCCCAACUGUGAAUCGGAAUGA